GUCAAAGUGUGGCUGCUAGUGACAGAGAUGGAAGUGAAGCUGCAGUUCAGCGUCUUCAUGCUACUCAUACAGGCUUCACUGGCGGUGUGGCAGCGUGUGACUGUGAUGAAAGGCCAAGUACUCACCUUAACCUGUCCUAUUACUGAUGCUCACAAGUCCCAUGUGGAAUGGAGGAACUCUGAAGGACUUCAUAUGUUCUUCAAUAACCAUAAAGCAAUAAAGGACAAACGCUACAGCAUCAUCAAACUGUCUGAGACAGAGUUCUCCGUCAGUAUUUCCAAUGUCACCUUUAAAGAUGGAGGCAUUUACAGAUGCUUGCACUAUACCCAUCCCACAACAGAAAAGAAGGUGGAGGUGACAGUAAUAGGUCGUCCAACAAGUUCAGCAACACUUCAUGAUGGAAAGAUCGUCACAAAAUGCACUGCUGAGGCGAACUAUCCCCCCCCCAGUAUCUCCUGGCAAUUUGAUCAGGGGCCUGAAUUUGAUGCUCAUGUACAGGUCCAUCAUGAAGGUAAAAAAUAUAUCUCUGUUGGGAUGAUAAACGUUGUCCAACCAAAGGAAGGAUUCUCUUUAAAAUGCCUUGUUCGCCACCCAGCGCUGCACUCCCAGCAUCUGUUGGACUUUACCGAAAUUGGAAAAGAUUCAAAAAUAUCCUUCAGCACAACCACAACCAGUUCACCCGCAGCGGUGUCCUUCACAACUGGAGAUGUGAGCGGGUCCUCACAGGGGAGCACAUCUGUUUCCUUCACCCAGAAGUUUUCCUCUGAUGACGUAAAGACAGUUACAGUCAGUUCCUCUGAACCAUGUUACAUCCACAGGCUCACACCUCAGUGCUAGUGAUAACUGGCAAACCUCUGUGUCACGAGACUCAACCGGGGAGAGCAGUCACACCACUAGUGAGGCAACGAACACAACAGACUGGAUAUCUGUCUCUAAUACAACAGAAAACUCCACCUCCUUUAACGGUACAGGUACAGGGAGCUCUGACUCAAAUAUGCGAAG